CUUACGACAACAUCUACCAAUAUAAUCAAACUUGGAAACUUGUAGCACUGGACAGCAAGCUAUAUACCUUCACAAUACGCUCAUUACAAGACGUCGUUGGUGCCUCUCUUCACGACCUAUCCGAGUCUUAAUCUGCUAUCUCUUUCAAGUCUGAACGAGAUAGAAAGCAGUUGCAAGCAACAAUGGCUGGUAUAUCGCACCGUGGACGAGCUGGUGGAGCAAGAGGCGGUGGUGGCGUUGACAUAUACUGGUAAGAUUUCAUGGACACACUCGCUCAGUCUCUGACCUAUGAUCUCCUAGUCAAGAUGGCGGACCGAGAAAGAACGUGGAAGUAGAGAAGGUCGAGGACAGCGUAGACCUUAUGCUGAAAAUGGUCAAGCUUUUCAGUGACGAGAACCCAACGCGCCCUUGUUUCGGUACCAAAGGUAAACAGGUCACUCUGUGGGCAAAUUUCAUGGAGCUAGUUACGAAACCGGACGUAAUGCUGCACCGCUAUGCCGUUAGUCUUUCGCCAGAGUCUGGCGAUAGAGUCCCGACCGGAAAGAAAGUCAAGCGUAUCAUCAGCCUUCUACUUCAAGAUCACUUCGAAACUCAGAUCAACAGUAUCGCGACCGACUUCGUGUCAAAUCUGAUAUGCUGUCAUGAGCUCGACCUAGCGCAAAACCAGUUCACUGUCAUAUAUCGAGCGGACGGCGAGGACAACGCUCAGACAAAUGCACCACAGUAUAACAUAAAGUUGUCGGCAACCGGAAGCUUCCGUUUGGCAUCUUUGGUCGACUAUCUGACCUCUUCACAAGCUGGUCUCAUGCUUGAGUCUAAGGAUGAAAUGAUCUCAGCUCUUAACAUAUUAGUUGGCCAUUUCCCAAAGGCAACUUCAUCAGUUGUGAGCAUUGGACAGAAUCGACACUUCGACCUGAGAGCUAUAGAUAGGAUGAAUCUGGGCGCAGGCCUUGAAGCAAUCCGUGGAUUCUGUCUUAGCGUACGCACAGCCACAGCUCGCAUCCUGGUAAAUGUUCAAGUCAAAAAUCUUGCAUUUUAUCUUUCAAAACGCCUUGAUGACCUCAUGAAGGAUUACACAAAGGUGAACGGGUGGGAUCUACGUGGUCUGCAGCUGUUUAUCAGAAGGCUGUCCGUCCACGCGACGCACUAUGGCACACCAAGGAUUAGAGUCGUUCAGGCAUUUGCGAAUAAAGAUGACGGAAAGAGUCUCAAAUAUCCGCCCAAAGUUCCAAGAUUCGGUGCGGGUGCCAAAGAGGUACAGGUCUUCUUCACAUCUCCAGGUGCUCCAAUAAAGUCUACGGGAGGUGCUGCGGUCACAACUGCAGGGACAUAUGGGACUGUAUUCGACUACUUUCGGAGACAUUACCCAGAUGUCAAGAUCGAUCCUAGCUUGCCGUUGAUCAACGUCAAGUCCAAAGAGAACCCUACGUACUUACCGGUGGAAGUAUGCUACGUCAGGGCAGGACAAGCAGCGCCAUCAAAGCUUAGUCCGAGUCAAACUCAGCAAAUGAUCAGAUUUGCUGUGCGAAAGCCCAGGCAGAAUGCCCACUCUAUCACGAAAGACGGACCUCGGGUUCUAGGACUCCACUCAGUGAACCCUCUCUGGAGAGAGUUCGGUCUGAAAGUAGAUCCGAAAUUGAUAUCAGUCUCUGGGCGUGUACUGAACGCACCAAACAUCAUGUAUCUCGAUAGAAAGCUCAAGCCAUUAUUUGGUAGCUGGAACUUGCAAGCGGUCAAAUUCGUACAGGCAGCAAAUCUUCCUAGCUGGACUUACCUUAAGAUAGAGUACGGACGCGACAUCUGGGGAAAUGGUGAGUUUGACAGGCAACUUACAGCCUUCCAAGCCAAACUCCGGGAACUUGGGAUGAGAGUUGCAGACUAUACCGGAGGUCUGACAGUCAAUGUAAAGAGCGCGCAGUACGAGACCAUAAUUGACAACGCCAUCAAGACUUUUAUGCACGACCCUAAUCUGAAACCUCCAAUGCUCAUUCUGGUAAUCCUGCCGGAAAGAGACAACACAGCGCUGUAUAAUCGCGUCAAAUGGGCCUGCGAUAUCCAAGCAGGUGUUCUCAACGUUUGCGUGGUAGACAAGAAGUUCCAACGAGCCAACGGCCAGUUCUUCGCAAACAUCGCUAUGAAGGUGAACGCUAAGUUGGGUGGACGUAAUCACGAUCUGGCUCCUGCGGACCUGCCACUGAUUUCGCAAGGGAAGACUAUGGUAGUCGGUAUCGACGUUACACAUCCUUCUCCUGGAUCAUCCGAAAACGCUCCUAGUGUUGCUGCCAUGGUGGCUUCAGUGGACCCGUUCUUGGGACAGUGGCCAGGCGUGCUAAGAGCUCAGCUGUCCAGGCAAGAAAAGGUGACAGGGCUAGACGUGAUGCUCAAAUCGCGCAUUGAACUCUGGAAAGAUCUCCACGACGAACUCCCGGAAAACAUACUUGUGUAUCGCGAUGGUGUUUCUGAGGGCCAGUAUAGUAUUGUGCUCAAUGAAGAGCUUCCACUGUUGCGAAAGGCUUGCGCAGAUCUUUAUCCCGCCCCGACUACCAAAGUGAGUAAGCCUCGAAUAUCUAUCGUGAUAGUCGGAAAACGACACAACGUGCGAUUCUAUGCUACAAGCAAGGAGACAGCAGACAGAAGCGGUAAUACAUCCAAUGGUACUGUCGUCGAUCGCGGAGUCACCGAGGCUCGGAUCUGUGACUUCUAUUUGCAGGCCCAUAGCGCGCUUCAGGGCACAGCACGACCUGCACAUUACGUUGUAAUCUACGACGAAAUCUUUCGUGCGUUACCUUCACUCGUUGGUUGCUCCAAUUUAGGAGACUUCGUACAGGAGUUGUCGCACAAGAUGUGCUACCUCUUUGGACGGGCUACGAAAGCCGUCAGCAUCCCUCCGCCAGUUUACUACGCUGAUGUCUUGUGCGAGAGAGCAAGACGCUAUUUGAGUGGACUUUUCGAUCCAGAUUCUAAAAGUGUUACUAGCGAUUCACAUACAGGCAACAACUCCGUCUCUAUGGUGGAAUCUUCGAACAACGUCACAAUUGCUAAAGGAGUCGAAAGAGCCAUGAUCUACAUCUGAGAUCAAACCAGCAUAAGGUUUCAGCUCAUCUCUUUGACUCGAGAAGAAAAGCUACUUUCAUGAAAUUGUACUCGGGGAUGGUAGCGCGCCUCUGCUAAUGCUACUAUUCUUUCUUGGGCUUUCAUUUUUGGAUAGAAAGGGAUUUUACAAGGUCAUUGUUCCAUCAGGGAAAGAGCUCUAUAGCCAUAUUCAACUGGCCUCUGUAUUCACAUUCAUUUGGUAUAGACCAAUAGACUGUCAUUACUCUUAUUU